AUGAGCACAAAGGCAGUCCACGAGAGCGAGAUCAGCAAGGCGGCCGUUGUGAAAGGACAGGUCCUGAUGGUCGCCACGAGCUGCGACAAGUUUUCAGACGGCACACCCACCGGCCUCUGGAUUUCUGAGCUGGCAGACCCGUUUUACACGUUUAAGUCCCAGGGCUAUGAUGUCACCAUCGCAUCCCCCAAGGGCGGGGCUGUGCCCAUAGACCCUACGAGCCAGGGGCAGGAGGCCAUGACGCCAGAGGCGCACCGCUUCGUGGGGGACGCUGAGGCAAGCCAGCAGCUCAAGAGCUCGGUGCCGCUGUCGUCGGUGAAGCAGGCGUCCAGCUACGACUGCAUAUACCUGCCUGGCGGCCACGGCCCAGUGUUUGACCUGGCAGAGGAUCAGACCCUCGCCCGCCUGCUGUCAGAGGCAUUCGGCGCGGGCAAGGUCGUCGCCGCGGUGUGCCACGGCCCGGCCGGCCUGCUGUCCGCCAAGGACCCCAAGAGCGGCAAGGCCCUGGUGGCAGGCCGCAAGGUCACCUCGUUCACGACAGAGGAGGAGAAGGCGGUGGGCAAGGACGGCAAGGUGCCCUACCUCCUUGAUGCGCGGCUGGCGGAGGCGGGGGCGCACUUCACACGGGGCCCGGCAUGGGGGGUGCACGUCGAGACGGAUGGCGGCCUGGUGACAGGCCAGAACCCCGCGUCGGCCGCCGCCGUGGCCGAGGCAGCGCUGCGCGUGAUGGCUGGGAGCUCGUGA